AUGGGACAAGAGGAGAGCCACAACGAGGAGAUGGAUUUGGCUCAGAUUCAGGAGCUGUGCAUCCUCUUCAUGAAGGAGUGUCCCAGCGGAGCCCUGCACCUGCACGAGUUCAAGAGGAUCUUCAAGGUGCCGAGCAGCUCUGCAGAGGAGUCCCUCUACAUGGAGACCAUAUUCCGCUCCUUCGAUACCAAUCAGGACAACGCUCUUGAUUUCAUCGAGUAUGUCGCCGCUCUUCACUUGAUUUUACGGGGGAAUCUUGAGGAUCGACUGAAAUGGUCGUUUAAGAUGUACGACAAGGACGGCAACGGCAGGCUGGACAGGAAGGAGGUGAAAAGCAUCAUUAGGAUUAUCAGCAAACUCAAUCUCCUGAGUAAUGACGUCAACAUGUCGCCGUCUGAGAUCUGUGACCGCAUCUUCGAUCAGGUCGACCAGAAUAAAGACGGUCAGAUCAGUCUGUCCGAGUUCAUCGAGGGAGCGCAGCAGGACGAGUGGGUCAUGCAGAUGCUAAAGUUGGAUGUGAACGCAUCGAGUUGGGUCAUCCAGAACUGUGGGAAGUUAACAUGA